AUGGGUGCUAAUUCUUCAGAGGAGCCAAUGCUAAACAAGUGUCAGGCGAGUGCAUCACUCUCUACGAAGAAAUCAACCUGUAAUGUUGCAACCGCAGUGCCUAGUUCAACUCCUCUCUCAUCCUUAAAAAACUUCACUUGGGAACGAUUCAAUAAAAGUCCAGAUAUCUACAGAAACCGUGUAAAGAGCAUCAUCAAUACGCAACUUCGUCAGAUUGAUGCAACUGUCGGAUUGUUACGUUACGCCACUCCUGAAUUAAACCAACUAAAACGUGAUCUCGGACUUUUGCACAUUAAAUGCCGUACACUCUAUGAGCGUUUCGUUUUCAGUAGAUGUCUUCGUGAAAAUGCAAACGAUAUCUUAGGGAGUUUUGAUCUGUCUACAGGGAAAAGUAUUUACGAUACCGUACUGGAAGUACCACCACCGCUAAGAGAUUCGCUUCGACUCUACCAGAUACGCUGGCGGAAUGCUGUAUCGAAUUGUAAAUGGCAAAAAGAUUACACGAAGAGCAAAGAGGAGCUAGCCAGUGUUAAUGAGCAUCGUGUAAGGUGCGAACGUGAACUGGAAAGAAAGAAAACCCAAUUGGACAAGUAUAAGAAAAUCUGUGCGAUGAAGAACGAGUUUUUGGGUUUGAAUGACGAGAAUAAGCUGAAGAAGAUCGAGAGUGUAUUAGGAAUGAAAGCACCUCCGCUACCCAACAAGGACGAUACACUAAGUAUAAGAAGAUCCUUCUCAGACGGUUCUCUUGGUUCUGUAUCGUCAGAUGACUCCUCCUGGGACGAACAGUGUAUCCUCUACAAACACUUUUACGACUGCUUGAGACAAGGGAAGUCUUAUCCGAGGAAUGACAAUGUGCAUAUUGUUGCUCGCUGA